UAUUUCAAAAUAAUAAAUAUUUUUUCUUUUUUUUAUAACCAACCAUUUCUUGGUGUUUUCAGAUAAAAAAUGUUCCCCAUUACGCGGGGUUAUACUAUAAACGUAGUUAAAGAAAAGAAUAAAUCUGCCAUAUUGAUCCUAAACUCUGAACCUUCAAAUUCGGGUUUUGUUUCUUACAAAACUGACUUAGCUGGGAAGGAACUAGAAUCAAAUGAUCUUCGGUUGUAUAGUUGCAACGCUAAUGGUGCCGGUGUACACAUGUACAAGGGGGAAUGUGGUGGUACAUCCAGUAUAUGCACUAGAGGGUCAGAGUACAUGAGUACAAUACAAAUUGAAGAUCAAGAAGAUGAUGAAAAAAGUUUAGAUAAUGAGCCAAGUACAGGAAACUGUAUUCUUCAAGAUUCUGAUAUUUUAUAUGAGACUGAAGAAAGAAUCUCGUGUUCAAAUCUUGAACUGAAUUCUCCAAUUCAAAAUAAUACAGCCUCAGAAAAUGAGUUGUAUACCAACUGGAAAGAAAAUAUAAGUAUAGCUAACGAGGAAAUAGUUUUAGAAACAGACACUUGCUCAGAUGUUAAGGAUGUUGACAAUGAGAGGGUGUUUUGUGAACAAUGUUCUUUAGAUUUUACCAGCAUUCAAGUAGUUCGGCAACAUCUACAAGAUGUACAUGCUGCAAAACCAGGAGAUUCGUUGGCUCGUUGUGAAUACUGUGGGGUGUUAUGCACAGAUAGAUUGGCGCAUAUGAGACGAGUGCAUUAUUCAAACCUUACUUUAUGGACCAGAGAUGGUAAGACUUAUACAUGUAAGGAGUGUGAAUACACAUCUACAGAAUUAACCAACAUUAGAAAUCAUAUUGAUGCGAAGCACAGUUCUGAAGAUAAGAAACACAAGUGUUUAGAGUGCAAUACAACUUAUAAAACUCUUAAUUCAAUUCGCGCGCAUAGAAGUAGGGUGCACGCUCGCAACAAGAAACGGAAAAAUAUUUCAAUAAAUUAACUAAAUUAAACUCGAAACUGUGAUAAUCAGCGGUAGGGUUAGCGACAAAGGAUGAUACUUAAAUGACGCCGUGGGUUGAACCCGGACUCUUGGGUUGAACUCGAACUCAUGCUUGAAAUAAAGUCUUUUUGGGAUAUCUUAAAGGAUUUGGCAAAGAAAGGAACCAGUUAACAGCUGUAAAUUUGAGAAAAAGGUUUAACUAAAUUCUGUACAGUCGUCUCCGUAGUCUCAUCCUUUGUAGGUAUCCCUGCAUGAACUGUAAUUGAAUCCUAGUAUUAAGUUUUUGCUUUGUAGGAUCUAAGUGUAGCUUGAACAGGAUUAACUUCUUGACUUUCUAAGUUUUUUAAGACCAAUGACAAAUUGAUAAAAUCUUGCAGGGAUUAUUAAGUAAAAGAUAGACGCAAGAUUGCAUAUUAUUAAAUGGCUUUCAGGCCUCCCUUUGCAAUAGUCCAUGUAAACUAAAGAAUUUUUUUUUGCAUAAUCUAAUCUCAACUUUUUUAUUUAUGUAAUAUUUUUUUUGACAAACUAAUUUAAAUAAAUGUUUAAAAAUGUAUAAUGUACCUAUGCAACCUCUUUCUAAGUUCCUGACCUAAGUACAAAUUAAAAAAUACAUAAAUUUACAAUUUCAUGCAUUUUCUAUGUUUUCAGA